GAGAUGGAGUCUCGCCGUAUUGCCCAGACUGGAGUGCGAUGGCGUGAUCUUGGCUCACUGCAACCUCUGCUUGAGGCAGGGUCAAGCAAUUCUCCUGCCUCAGCCUCCUGAGUAGCUGAGAUUACAGGUGCCCACCACCACACCUGACUAAUUUUUGCAUUUUUAGUAGAGACAAGGUUUCACCAUAUUGGCCAGGCUGGUCUCGAACUCCUGAUCUCAGGUGAUCUGCCUGCCUUGGCCUCCCGAAGUGCUGGGAUUACAGGCGUGAGCCACCGCACCCAGCCGAAGGAUUAUUUUGUAAAGAAACAUAGACAAAAAUGUUCGUGUUAUUUUAAAAAGCCGCAGGGUAGGAGGAGAUGAGUACAGAGAAUAGGAGAUAGGAGUACAGAGUGUAAAGGAGCCUGGUGACCCAAAGCUUCCAAGGGCAACCCCAGGUUUCUUCUGAGCACUUCUCUAAACCCAGCACACAAACUAGGUGGACAGCAAGAAUGUCUUCUCUCACAGCCCUGCAGACCCGAAGCCCUACGUCACAGUGUGGGCAGGCCACACUCCCUCUGAAGGCUCUGGGCCAGGAUCCUUCUUGCCUCUUGUGGCUUCUGGUGGCCCUGGGCAUUCCUUGGCUUGUGGCUGCAUGACUGUAGUCUCUGCCUGUCUUCACACAGCUUUCUUCUUUUGUGUCUGUCUCUGUGUCUCUUCUGAUAAGGAAUGAGUCAUACUGGACUAAGGGACCCCCCUACUUAAGAGUAUGACCUCAUCUUAAGUAAUUCCAUCUGCAGGGACUCUGUUUCUAAAUAAGGUCCUACUUACAGGCGUGAGGGUUAGGACUUCAGCGUGUCUCUGCAGAGACACAGCUCACCCCCGGCACUGUCUCUUGAGGGGAUUCCUGCAUGUCAGACCCUGGCUAUUAUCCUGGAGUGUGCGCCUGGAGGCCUAGGUGGGGUUACCAAGUGCAGGGACAGCUAGGCUGUCCCCUCUGGGAUGGAACAACCAACCCCCCCGGAGACUGUGCCUGCAGGUGUCCAUCACCUUCAAGGACUUGGCCGUGCGGUUCUCGGAGGAGGAGUGGCGGCUCCUGGAGGAGGGGCAGAGGGAGUUCUACCGAGACGUGAUGCGGGAGAACUACGAGACGCUGGUCUCUGUGGGUUCUAGGUACAAUUCGGUGGGGGUAUGCGGCGGCCUCUGAGGUUCCGACCACUCUGCGGUUCUUUGAGUUUAAGUGGUCACGUGAAUGUGCACAGACCUGCAGGGGCCUGGGCUGCGAUGCAACUGUGUGCGAAGCGGAGACCACUCCAUUCCCAGGGCCACAGUUCCCUCUUCUUUCCCAGGGACAGCUGAGCUGCUCCCCCUCUCUGCUUUCCUGUCACCCUCAGAGCCUGGAAGAGCUGUUGGGGGAGGGAGCCACGCUGAUGAGGGGCAGGAGCCUGCUGGUUGUGGAGAUCCCCAGGGGGGACAGCCCCGGCACAGCCUGCACCUCACAGCCCUGGUGCAGCUGGUGAAGGAGAUCCCAGAGUUCUUGUUUGGAGAAGUCAAGGGCGCUAUGGACAGCCCCGAGAGCGAGAGCCGGGGAGCCAGCCUGGAUGGAGAGCGAGCGAGCCCCGAGGCAGCUGCGGCAAGAGAGCCCUGCCCUCUCCGAGGCCUGCUCAGCUGCCUUCCAGACGGCCCUACCAGCCGGCCCCACCUGGCCACCACGCCCACCGACAGCUCAUGUUCCAGUGGCCCAACUGGUGACGGGGUCCAGGGAAGUCCUCUCCCCAUCAAAACUGCCGACAAACCGUGGCCUACAAGGAAGGAAGGCCCAGGAGCCCUGGGCGGGGAGCCCAGCCCUCCCACCCAUAGCCCCAGCAGAAGGAAGAGCCACAGAGGACAGGAGAGAGGGACCUCGGAGGCUGGAAUUUCUCCUGGGAACAGCCCCUUGCAAGGCCUCAUCAACUGUCUGAAGGAAAUCCUUGUGCCUGCGCCCCGGCACCCCGAGACAUCCCCAAGCUUCUUGCCACCUCUCCCUAGCCUGGGCACGUCCAGGCUAACCAGAGCAGACCUGGGGCCUGGGAGCCCGCCCUGGGCAGUGAAGACCGAGGCGGUUUCAGGGGAUUGUCCCCUCCAGGGUCUGCUAAACUGUCUGAAGGAGCUCCCCGAGGCCCAGGACAGGCAUCCCAGUCCCUCAGGAGUGGGGAACCGACGGCUACAGGAGAAUCCAGGAGCCUGGAAAAGGGGUUCUGGAGGGCCUGGAUGCCUCCUGACCCCUCCUCCCUGUCCUGGUCUUGGAGCUGGCAGUCUGCUCUCUGUGAAGAUGGAGAACAGCUGGGUCCAGAGCCCCCCAGGACCCGCAUCCUGUCAGCCUGGCAGGCAGCCCCUCAGUCCCUCAGCCACUGGAGACACCAGAGGGGUCCCCCAACCCAGCUGGGGCCCUGAGGCUCAAGCUGCCAGUGCCUCAAGCUCACCGCUGGAAGCCCUGGAAGCCUGUCUGAAGGGCAUUCCCCCAAAUGGGUCGUCACCUUCCCAGCUGCCACCCACUUCUUGUUCCCAGAACCCCCAGCCAGGAGACUCUAGGUCUCAGAAGCCUGAACUGCAACCCCAUAGAUCACACAGUGAAGAAGCGACCAGAGAGCCUGUUCUGCCUCUGGGUCUGCAGAGCUGUGUGAGAGAUGGCCCCACCAGGCCCCUGGCCCCCCGAGGAACCCCCACCAGCUUCUCCUCAUCCAGCAGCACCGACUGGGACCUGGAUUUUGGGAGUCCUGUGGGGAACCAGGGGCAGCAUCCUGGAAAAGGAAGCCCACCAGGAAGCUCCCCGCUGCAGGGUCUGGAGAAUUGUCUCAAGGAGAUACCUAUGCCUGCGCUGCGGCCUGCCUGGCCCUGCUCCUCAGCAGCAGACAGGGGACCGAGGAGAGCAGAGCCCAGGAACUGGACAGCAGACAAGGAAGGACUGAGGGCCGAGGCCCGCGAGUCAGCCCGUCUCGGGCAGAGUAGGGGAGAAGCGCCCACCCGGAGCCUCCAUCUGGUCAGCCCACAGGUGUUCACCUCCAGCUGCGUCCCCGCCUGCCACCAGCGGGGGUUCAAAGACCCUGGGGCCACCAGGCCAGGAGUGUGGAGGUGGCUCCCAGAGGGGUCUGCCCCCAAGCCCUCCCCGCUGCACUGCCUGGAGAGCGCCCUGAGGGGGAUCUUGCCUGUAAGGCCCUUGCGCUUCGCCUGCGUGGCAGGCCCCAGCCCCAGCCCCAGCCCCGGCUCCAGCUCGAGCUUCAGCGGCUCUGAAGGAGAAGACCCGAGGCCAGAGCCUGAGCUCUGGAAGCCGCUCCCCCAGGAGAGGGACCGCCUUCCCAGCUGUAAGCCUCCUGUCCCUCUGUCCCUAUGUCCUGGUGGGACCCCUGCUGGCAGCAGUGGCAGCAGCCCUGGUGAAGACCCCAGGAGAACAGAGCCCAGGUACUGCAGCGGCCUCGGUGCAGGUACAGCUCAGGAUCCCUGCCCGGUUUCUCAGCUGGAGAAAAGGCCCAGGGUUAGUGAAGCAUCCAGAGGCCUGGAGCUUGGACAUGGAAGACCCAGAGUUGCAGCCAAGACCCAUGAGAGGCUGCUCCCCCAGGGCCUGCCUGAGCUGCCCAGUGAGUCUCCCCCUCCGGAGCUGCCCCCUCCGGAAGCUGCGCCUCCUGUGUUGCCAGCCUCCUCCCUGCAGCCGCCAUGCCACUGUGGGAAGCCCCUGCAGCAGGAGCUGCACAGCCUCGGUGCUGCCCUUGCGGAGAAGCUGGAUCGGCUCGCCACGGCGCUGGCAGGCCUGGCUCAGGAAGUGGCCACCAUGAGGACCCAGGUGAAUCGGCUGGGGAGGCGCCCCCAAGGCCCUGGGCCAAUGGGCCAAGCUUCCUGGAUGUGGACCCUCCCACGGGGACCUCGCUGGGCUCAUGGCCCUGGUCACAGACACCUGCCCUACUGGAGGCAGAAGGGACCCACGAGGCCUAAACCAAAGAUCCUGCGUGGCCAGGGAGAGAGCUGCAGGGCUGGUGACCUGCAAGGACUCUCCAGAGGGACCGCUCGCCGGGCACGUCCGCUGCCUCCAGACGCUCCCCCGGCAGAACCUCCUGGGCUCCACUGCAGCUCUUCCCAGCAGCUGCUGUCCUCUACACCCAGCUGCCAUGCUGCGCCGCCUGCACACCCCCUCCUCGCACAUACCGGGGGCCACCAGAGUCCCCUUCCCCCUUUAGUGCCUGCUGCCUUACCCCUGCAGGGAGCCUCUCCUCCUGCAGCCAGUGCAGAUGCAGAUGUGCCGACCUCAGGAGUGGCACCAGACGGGAUCCCAGAGCGGCCCAAGGAGCCGAGCAGCCUGCUGGGAGGAGUGCAGAGGGCCCUCCAGGAAGAACUGUGGGGUGGGGAGCACAGGGACCCGAGAUGGGGGGCGCAUUGAUGGCAUUCCUCUUCUCCACAUCUGCUCGUUCUUGCCGAGGGUGCAGUGGUGGCGUGGAAGCCCUGUCACCCCACCCCAGGCCACCCUCUCCCAGAGGACGCCAUCUCCCUUACUGUUGCUGGGAGCCUCGCCCUUUGUCCCAACUGGGUAGAGCCCCCAGGUGCUGUUUGCUCAGAAGGCUGCUGUGGGGGUGCCUUCCUCAGCCUCUGGCCCUCUUGGCUCAGAUUCAAUCAAAUGUUGCUUCCCUCUCCUGUCUUUCCCACUGGAGCCGCCCAAGCUUGUAGGUGGGUGGUGUGCAUAGGCCAUGUGUGCCCCACAUAUGCAGGGGGUGCCCCACACAGCUAGAGCGGCCAGGAGAGCGCCUCCUAACCACCAGCUGUUCCUGAUCUCAGGAGCCUUGAAGGGCUGGGCUCUUGCCUUCCUGGAGUAAAUAUUGGCACAGAUUUCAUUUGAGAGAACUCAGCCCCCUGGUCUAAGCUGGACUUACCUCUGUGGAUUCUGAAAUUAAAGAAGUGAGUUGCUAA